GGCGGCAGGGUGGACGUCCCUCCGAGCGCGGCGUCGGCGGCGACAGAGGCCACCCCAACGGCGUCGGCGGACGAAGCGGAGGAUGGAGGGAAGGUCCGGCUCCUGAACGGCUGUGUGCCGCUGUCUCAUCAGGUGGCCGGGCACAUGUACGGCAAGGAUAAGGGCGGCAUAUUACAGCAUCCUGAUGGCACAGUUCUCAAACAGUUGCAGCCACCACCUCGUGGUCCAAGAGAACUAGAAUUCUAUAACAAGGUGUAUGCUCCUGAAUGUGAAGACCCUGUAUUUCUAGAACUCCGAAAAUAUUUGCCAAAAUAUUAUGGAACCUGGUCACCACCUACUGCACCCAAUGACUUGUACCUGAAACUGGAAGAUGUGACACACAGGUUUAAAAAGCCAUGUAUAAUGGAUGUAAAAAUAGGCCAGAAAAGUUAUGAUCCAUAUGCUUCAGCCGAGAAGAUUAAGCAACAGGUCAGCAAGUAUCCACUAAUGGAGGAGAUUGGGUUCUUGGUGCUUGGCAUGAGGGUUUAUCACAUCCACUCUGACAGCUAUGAAACACAGAAUCAGCACUAUGGAAGAAGCUUGACAAAAGAGACAAUAAAAGACGGUGUGGCUCAGUUUUUCAAUAAUGGAUACAGUCUGAGAAAAGAUGCUGUAGCUGCCAGUAUUCAAAAGAUUAGAGAAAUCUUGCAAUGGUUUGAAAGCCAGAAUCAACUUAAUUUUUAUGCAAGUUCCUUACUGUUUGUCUAUGAUGGCUUGUCUCCAGUGACAGCGACGUGGUUAAAUGAUGACGCUAUAAUUGAGAGAAGAAUGUCUAUGAGGCAAGUGCCAAGUGGUAAUAAACUGGAGUAUAAUAACAAUAUUCAUGUAGUCAGUUCUACAGAAAAUGGCAAGGUGGAGACCUCUGUGGGCAAAGGCUUCUCUAAAAUGUAUGGACUUCACAAAAGGCACCAGAGCCAGGUUUCACUAGCUGUUGAAUCUAUGGAACAAGACAACACAUGGAAGAGCAAUGCUCGCUUUUCACAAAAGCAUCUGAAUGGAAAUAUUAUACCUCAGCUGGAAAAGGUUUUUAGCUGCAUGCCCACUACGCUGCCAGAAAGCACAGAGGUUGAAGUCAGAAUGAUAGAUUUUGCGCAUGUGUUCCCCAGCAAUGCAAGAGAUGAGGGCUAUAUUCAUGGUCUGAAGAACUUAAUCACCGUCCUUCAAAAUAUUUUAGAUAUCUGAAUUUUUUUGCAGUGAUUUCUAUCGGGGGCCAAUUAUAAUGAAAAGCAACAACAUUUCUGCACUUGUAAUCCUGUUAUAUGUUGGUUUGUAUUGUUCGACAUUUUACUUGUCUUUGUACUUUUGGUAGAAUGAUCAUGUAUUUUAUAAUCUUACUCAGGAAAAUUAUUGUGUAGUUUAGUAAAAUGAAAAAGAAACUAAUGAGAUUAACUGUAGUUAUAGGAACUUAAAUUCAAGAAGCAGAUUGGGGAUAACCUUGUAUCGGAUCAAAUGAUUGAACUUUCCUCUACCCUUAAAUUUUUAGCUUGAUUGAAGUCUGUUCAUGCAGCCAGAACACUGAGCCAUAUCUCUAACGGGUUAUUAGAAGAAUAUUGAAGUAUUGUCUAUGGGUGUUCAGCACAUCUUUAAAACUGGAGUUAAUCCUGUAUCUAAGGGAUAAAUAUUUUAAAAUCUGUACUUCAAUGGAACCAGCAUUUUUUUCCUUAAGAAGAAAUAAUCAUAACUUCCACAUUUUAAAAAUUGGUUAGGGAUGUUAAUUUUUUUCAUCAGUAAAUGUAUAUAGCAUACCUUUAUGGUAUACUACGUGGGUGCUAGUGAAGUGGUGGUUUGUUUGCAACACAUGUUAAAUGUUCUUUUGAAAGGCUUGUGUUUUUGAGGCCGUUUUCUCCAUGAGGCUUAUAUUUUGAUACUCAUGUAAGGUGGUUUUGGAUAUUGCUGAGAAGCAACAAAGGUAGAUGUGCAAUAAAUCCAUAAUGUAUAAAGCCAGAUAUUGAUGUAAGGCGGUACUUUGGCCUUUUGUCUGUGUAGGGUUGGAUCCAGAUUUGUGGUGUUGAAAAUGGAAAGGUACCUUUGGUCCAUAGAAGGAACUGCAAUCCAGCAGGAGCUUCCCAUGAGGAAAAAAAGGGAGCGAGGCUACAAUUUUCACCACUUCCCUGUUUCUCCUGCAGCCCCUCCAGUAUGGCUUGAGAAGUGGGCUAAGGAAGAAUUUGUUAGAAUUGCUGUCCUGUCCUUUUCUUCCAGCAGCAGCAAAACUGAACUGAGUGCAAGUAUGGAUCCAACCUAGAAUGAAUAUGCAGAAAUGGAACUUCUCAUGGAUGAUACACUCCAUGCUUACAAUGGAUUCAAGGGAACACAAUUGGGAAAAAAAAAGGAGAGUGUGUCUAGAGCUGUUUGUUCUCCCUGGCUAUAUCUUCCUUGCCAUUUUAACCAACAAAUAGCUCAUUUUUGAAAACAUUUGAACUAGUUUGUUAUAUUGAAUUCCCCAUGCCAAAGAAUGUCAUGUUACAUUAUAGUAAGUGAUAAAAUUUACCAUGUUUCAUGUGGCCAGAAUGAGGCUAGUUAAUAUUCAGCUAUGAUGAUGAUGAGUAUAUGUAAGUCUCAGGUUCAUGCAUUUCCCCCUUUCCUCUUCUGUAUGGAUAGAGAGGAUCUGUAAAGAUUUGGUUCAUAGUUUUGAAUAACCCCAUUAUAUUGUAACAUAGGUAACCUUUUAAAAAACAACAAUAUGCCAUGCUUCAAUGAAGGAGCAGCUUAAUAUCUUUGUUUGGACAAACCACAGUUUCCUUUGUUCCUUAUACUUACUUGUCCUUAUAGCAUUGUAUUGGAACCAGCACUUAAUCUUUGACAAAUAUGGGGCUCUUGUAAGAAGACUGUGUUUAGUUUUUUGUCAGUUAAUAACAGUCAUAUGCAUGUGGAAAAGUAGUAAAGAAAAUGGAUAAAUAGAAUGAGUACUCACUCUGUUUAUAAUGUGGUGGUUCACAUCAAGCUGUGCAGAGUGUACCUGGCCCAUAAAUGGAUGUGAAGUCGAAAGAAUGUAGUAUCAGGAAGAGCACAUUGCUUGAGCUUAAACAUGUAAAAGGAAUUGUAGAAACCCAUGUUCAUUACUCAUACUGUCACUGAAUAGGCAGAGUUGAUGGAAGUGCAGGUCAUAGCAGACGAGGAAGGGAAAUAUGGAACAGUACACUUCUUGAUUCUUUAUUUUAUUUUGUGAUCUAGCUGAAAUGAAACCUCUUAGAAAUUCCAGAUUUUUUUUAAAAAAAUUCUUAACACUGAAUUGUAUUCUGGAAUUGUAUGCCAAUUGGACAAAAUGUCUUUUCACAUAUCAAUGUUCACAAAAAUGUUACUUCUACUUGGAAGCAAAAUACAGUUAAUAGUAAAAGGAUGUUAUAAAUGUAUAUUUUAUAUUUCAGAUGUGUUGAUAUAGAAACAAAUGAUAUAUUGAUACACAUUUUAAUAUAAGUUAAAAAGAGAGCCUUAAUAAUAAAACCAAUGACAGAUAUUCAUAGGUGAUAGUAACUUUAAGAGUUAUGAAAUUUUCAAUUUCAGUGCAGUGAUUUAAGCCAUAAUCUGGAAUUUAUUAUGCUAUAUUAUCCUAUUGUUUUUCUUUGCUGCAUAUAGUUCACUCUGUUGUAGCCAAUUAGCUCUGUUCUCACUGGCAAUUUUAUGUAAACAGAAUAUUUUUAUAGAGAGAGAUCUAAUGGGAACUUUUAGUAUAGGCAGACAGUAUUUGUCUUGUACUGGUGGAAAUAUAAUUUUUAAUUUCUUUUGGGCAAUGAACUAUGUGCUUCUCGGUGUUAGUAUCAUACUUGUUCACUGCUCUUCUCCUUUAAAUAAUGCAUGGAGCUCAGAACAUGGUGGACCAUCUUGCAGAAAAAACUCAUACCUUGUUUUCAGUUGUAUAACAGCAGUAAUUACUGACUGAUUGAAAAUUAAUCUUUCUUUUUUGAAGAGAGAAUGAUGUAGAUUGGAAGCUGGGGAAGGUUAGGUGUAGUUAUAAGUAGCACUUGGGUUUUGACUGUACCAACAGACUGAGAUAAUUUCAUACAUGGAGAUGUCUAAACAGUUUGGAAUUAAUUUUUUUUUACUUUUUCAUAGAACAAAACAUCAAAUAGAAAUUCUAAUGUAUUGUUUGCUUUACCUCUGCACAUCCUCUAUUUUGAUUUAUAGGCUGAUUCCAUCAUUUUUAUUCUAUAAGGUUUUAUUUUUACUUUUUGGAAGGCCCUUUAGACUGACGUCUGAAUAGUAAAAACUUGGAUACAUAGCUGGAAAUAUGGCCCUUCUAUUUUAUAGACCUUUCCUCAUUCUGCAGCAUUUUGUAUAUUUUACAGCUGUGAUGUGCAUAGAGAUGGCUGAACUGGCCAGUGUCAUCCCUAUUCACCCAAUGAGGGAGGUAAUUUGAUAUUUCAUUUAUUUUGCACAUUCAGAUGUACACACCUCCCUAUGAAAUAAAUAAGAAAGCCUGCACAUUGUGAGACUUUGUUUAUGUAUCAGAGUGCCCACCAAACGUUGCUUUGGGUUAGAGCAGAAGUGGGGAAUGUGCUGUCCUCUCACUGUUACUGGACUGUAGCCCCCACAAUUCAUCCCCACUGGCUAUACUUUCUAGGGCUGAUUGGACCUACUGCCCCACAGUAUCCAGAGUACUACACUUCGUCCAUUUGUGAUGUAUUAUAAAGGUUUGUUGAUAUAAACUAUGUUCGUAUCUCUUUGAACAUUUGUGUAUAAGCCAGUAACUGAGAUAAGCACUAGAAGUUACUCCAUAGCUAGAGUCUGAAUGAAUGAUACUGAUUUUUUAUAAACUGGCUCUUGCCACAAUGGCAGGAUCUUAAAAUACUUCUUCUCAUUUGUGAAAAUGCUCCUUUUAAAUGUAUUAAGUGGAAAACUGUACAAUCUUACCUGAUAGGAAUCUAAAUUGUAUGAAUUUUAUAGAAAGACAUUUUCUUUCUGGAUAUUUUUGAAUAUUGGUAAUUCAUGUAGCAUAGAUUCAAAUGAAAUUUAAGAAAAUUGUAUUAUUAAAUGUUUAAAAAAUUAACUAGUUUUGCAAAACUAUGAAAUUGUACAUAAUUGUGUUUCACAUGAAGGUUGUAUUUUCAAACUGAAAUUAUUUUUGUUCUGUUGUACAAAAAUAUUUUUGCUUAUCUCAUACAUAAUGUACCAUUCCAUUUGAGAUGCUUAGAUUUUAAGAAGGAACUAUUCUUAAUAUAUAAAUCUAAUGAAAUGUUUGCCAGAUCACAUCCUGAUCUUAUGCAUUUGUAUCUGGCAGUAUGCCUCUCUGGAUUUGGGGUUCUUGCUCCCUAAGAAGUAUGCAUAAGCUUGCAACAUCAGUUUGCAAUAACAGAAGUGAAUUAAGAAUUACAUAGGAAAAUGAGUUGUUUGUGAGAAGAUUUUAAAAGAGAAUUAUAUUACAUUAUCAAAUGCUAAUGCAGGAAGAGAGAAGGGUACAACCACUAUGUCUUGAACCUAAUUCAUGUUAGUUUUGUGGUAUGACUCUUUUAAAGGACUGCAGCACUAGUACAAACUAACUCCUUUCCAUAUUAGCUGUUUUAAAUUAUUUUAAAUAGUUUAUACUAUUUGCAAUAACCGUCCCUGCUGAGUGCCUUCUGCUUCAGGUUUGGUACCUUUGAAUGACCUCAUGUAGCAUCUCUAAUGUGGCAUAACAGAAUGCUUUAAAGGACAAUUAGACUGCAUUAGUGUUCCUCUAGUAUUAGAGAGCAUUGCUCUAGUAUUUUAGAUUUUGUCCAUCCUGAACUAGUUCACAUGAAAAUUGGUAGGCCAUGUGUUUGAAUUCACUGUUGUAGAGAAACAUGAGCAUCUGUGAAUGAAAUUGUAUAUUCGGUAACUGAAGACUCUACAGCACAAAUGAGGCCCUUAAGGGGUGUUGUCUGCCUCUCCUUUUACCAACCAAGAAACCAAAAAUGGUGAGGAUGUGUGGCAUGUGUACUAAUAGCACAUGAGACUAGGGCAUUUGACAGUAUGAGCAUUGGGCCCUUGUUCUUCUUUCCCUAAAUCCCUUCUCAAGGAGUGUUCCCUCAGAAGUAAUUGUUGACCUGGGAUAAUGUAGCCUUGACUUAGCAAGCUGGAAACAUCAUCUUAUGUAUCUGGGUGUCUUGUUGCUGUUCAGUUCAUGGCUGGAAUUUCUGAAAAAAAGGAACUCCUCCCUCUCUGUGCCUGUGAACCUCAUCUUAGGUUUUGUGAAACUAUAUGUGAAUAUUUUCAAAGUGAGCCUUUAUAGCGUAAGUACUUAGAAAGCAGUUUGGAUAAUGCAAGAAUUCAGAUUAGGAGAGAGCUAAAAAGGCAGCAGUAAUUUUAUAAUUCGCUCUGGAAUAAAUCCUUAUUUGCUCAAAGUGAUUCUUGUCGAUCAUAUCCAUCCAGAAGCCUUACAAUCAGUUUUGUUUUGCUUGUUUUCUACCAGUCAUUCAUGCUGAUAAACCAUUGAAUUGGAACAUAAAAUAGCGAACUAUUCAACUGUGAAAUAUUAUUCCAUUACAUAUCCACGAACUAAAUAUUGCACAUUUGUAUUUGUGAAUGAGAAUUUUGUUAACUGGACUGUAGCCCAGUCCAGUAUGCACCUUUAAAAUUUUCAUACUAUGAAUAUUUCUACUGUUCCUGGUUUAAUAAUGAUUCCGACCAGUUUGUAAUACAGUAAUAGUACAGUAGUUUCCUUAGCUAUAAAGGAGUGAGUCCUGCUUAUCUAAAGUUUCUCAUUAUUAUUGCAAUUUAUUCUCUGUAUAAAAUCCAGCAACAGGAAAGAAAAAAUAACAGUGGUAUUGGGAACAAUGUACAUUUACAUACAUUAUCUGAAUCAUUGCCUAUAUAUGCUUUAAAAGUAUGUAGAAAUACUGGCACUGGAUAUAAAAUAUAUCAACUGGCUGAACUGACUUUGAACUAAAAUGUCCAAAUAGUAUGAUUUUGCACACCUGAAUAUGAAUGAAACAGAGUGCACAUAAGCACUUUAAAACUCUGGGAAGCAUACUGGAAAAUAUGCGGAAGCAUGUGAAAUUGCACCUAGAGUUGUGUUAACUAAUGGGGAGUGGGGAUGGGAGUAAUUUUACAAGUUAAAUGUAUUCUAACUGAAUGAAUGAAUGUCUUGAGUUGGAUCACAGUAGUUCUGACUUAUGCAGUCUGAAUUGUGUUGUGCAGUGUCUUUUCUUGGUUCUUGAGUGUUUGAGUGUAAAUUAUCCUUCUGAGAGGCUUGUUGGACUGAAGAGAGAUGGUGGCUAUUUUGUAAUUUUAAAAUCCCUACUAUGCUGUAUACCAAUUCUUUUUGUAAUUUGUGUGAUAUUUAGGUAAUUCUAAUAGCUGUAUAUCUGGCUGAUUAUUAAAUUUUCUCUAAGUUAUCAA